GCUAGUCCACUGCCUCCUCUGGGGGCCGGGCAAUGGGCGGGGAAGGGGACGGGCCGUUUAAAGGGAGGCCAGCGCCGGGCCGGGCAGCCUCUGCCGGCGCCGCUGUGUCCUCUCAGCCCGGCCACAGCGGAGGACGCGCCGCGGGGCCUCGUCGCGUGUGGCGUUCAGGACCCCAGAGAAUCGGAGCUGCUGUCCGGCCGAGUCCUCGCUGAGGCGUUUCGAACCCUGAUACCUGGAGAGCUGGACCGAGGAGGAAUCUCAAGGAUUGUGGAGAGACUUGUAGCUGUUGUUUACUGAGUAAAUGUUAUAUACUAGAUACUUUACUUGUGAUACCUAACCCGCAAUUUAGGUUUGGAAAAGACUUUUGACCCAGAAAUUACCAAGAGCUCCUCCAAACUAGGAUGUAUGAAGUGCAUUCAAGCUAGCUCAAGAAAGCAGGAAGUGAGAAGACAAUUACAGAAAGUUUACACUGAGGAACGAAGAGCUACUGUGAAUAUCUAUCAAUCUGAUUACUUGCUCAGGGAAGCUGAAUCAUCUAUCUCCAGAAAUGUCUUUGGAAAGUAAAGAGCAACAUGACCUUUCACCCAGGGACUCAGCUGAAGGAAAUGACAGUCUUCCAUCUGGUGUCCUUCUGAAGCCUCAAAAGGAAUCAAGUACUGACUUGAAGCAAUUCGAGACCAAUGAUCAACACAGACCUUAUCCUAGGAUCCACGUGGAGCCUCAGGAGAAAUCACAUACUAACAUCAAGCAGUUUGUCAUCAAAAAGCUACAGAAGAGUUGCCAAUGUAGCCCAACCAAAGUUAAAAAAAAGAUUUUUGAUUUCCUUCCUGUUUUGCGGUGGCUCCCAAAAUACGAUCUAAAGAAAAACAUUUUAGGAGAUGUGAUGUCUGGCUUGAUUGUGGGCAUUUUAUUGGUGCCCCAGUCCAUUGCUUAUUCCCUUUUGGCUGGCCAAGAACCUAUCUAUGGACUGUACACAUCUUUUUUUGCCAGCAUCAUUUAUUUCAUAUUUGGUACCUCUCAUCACAUCUCUGUGGGCAUUUUUGGAGUACUGUGCCUUAUGAUUGGUGAGGUAGUUGACCGAGAACUACACAAAGCUGGCUCUGAUUUUUCUCCUUCUUUAGAAAUGAUUUUAAAUAGGAGCACAUUAGUAAACCACACAUUAGAUCGGACAUGUGACAAAAGUUGCUAUGCAAUUAAAGUUGGCAGCACUGUAACCUUUAUGGCUGGAGUUUAUCAGGUUGCAAUGGGCUUUUUUCAAGUGGGCUUCGUUUCUGUCUACCUCUCAGAUGCCUUGCUGAGUGGAUUUGUCACUGGUGCCUCCUUCACUAUUCUUACAUCUCAGGCCAAAUAUCUUCUUGGGCUCAGCCUUCCUCGGAGUAAUGGUGUGGGCUCAUUUAUCACUACCUGGAUGCAUAUCUUCAGAAACAUCCAUAAGACCAAUCUCUGUGAUCUCAUCACCAGCCUUUUGUGCCUUUUGGUCCUUUUGCCAACCAAAGAACUCAAUGAGCGCUUCAAGUCCAAACUCAAGGCACCAAUUCCUACUGAACUAAUUGUUGUCGUGGCAGCCACAUUAGCCUCUCAUUUUGGAAAACUAAAUGAGAAUUACAAUUCCAGUAUAGCUGGACAUAUUCCCACUGGAUUUAUGCCACCCCAAGCACCAGAUUGGAACCUGAUUCCUAGUGUGGCUGUAGAUGCAAUAGCUAUUUCUAUUAUUGGUUUUGCUAUAACUGUAUCACUUUCUGAGAUGUUUGCCAAGAAACAUGGUUACACAGUCAAAGCGAAUCAGGAGAUGUAUGCCAUUGGCUUUUGCAAUAUCAUCCCUUCCUUCUUCCACUGCAUUACUACUAGCGCUGCUCUUGCAAAGACAUUGGUUAAAGAAUCAACAGGCUGCCAAACUCAGCUUUCUGCUGUGGUGACAGCCCUGGUUCUUUUGUUGGUUCUACUGAUAAUUGCACCUUUAUUCUAUUCCCUUCAGAAAUGUGUCCUUGGUGUAAUCACUAUUGUAAAUCUCCGGGGAGCCCUUUGUAAAUUUAGAGAUGUGCCCAAGAUGUGGAGGGUUAGCAGAAUGGAUACAGUUAUAUGGUUUGUUACUAUGCUGUCCUCUGCAUUGAUAAGCACUGAAAUAGGUCUGCUUGUUGGAGUUUGUUUUUCUAUGUUUUGUGUCAUCCUCCGCACCCAGAAGCCGAAGAUUUCAUUGCUUGGCUUGGUGGAAGAGACUGAAAUCUUUGAAUCCAUGUCUGCUUACAAGAACCUUCAGACUAAGCCAGGGAUCAAGAUUUUCCGCUUUGUAGCUCCACUGUAUUACAUAAACAAAGAAUGCUUCAGAUCUGCUUUAUACAAAAAAACUUUAAACCCAAUCUUGGUAAAGGCAGCUCAGAAGAAGGCAGCAAAGAGAAAGCUCAAAGAGGAAAUGGUGACUCUCAGUGGAAUCCAGGAUGAAGUUUCAAUGCAACUUUCCCAUGAUCCCUUGGAGCUGCAUACUGUAGUGAUUGACUGCAGUGCAAUACAAUUUUUAGAUACAGCAGGGAUCCAUACACUGAAAGAAGUUCGCAGAGAUUAUGAAGCCAUUGGUAUCCAAGUUCUGCUGGCUCAAUGCAAUCCCUCUGUGAGGGAUUCUUUGGCCAGAGGAGAAUAUUCCAAAAAGGAAGAAGAAAACCUUCUUUUCUAUAGUGUGUAUGAAGCAGUGGCUUUUGCAAUAGAAUCUCAAAAGCAGAAAGGAAUAUGUGUUCUUAAUGGUCUGAAUCUGUCCAGUGAUUGAGAAAAUAGAUGAAAGGAAGAAUGUCUAACCAAUAAGUUAAAAUUUUAAGUAUGUAACAUUUUCCAAUAAUGUCAAGUUGCACACUUGAAAUUAUUCUUCCUUUGAAGUUUAUGGCCUUUGUAUAUUCUCAAAUGCAGCAGAGCUUAUAGUUGGGCAAAGUCAAAAAGAAAAAAAUGUUGCAGUUUCAAGUUUCCAUGCAGAUAUGAAGUAUUUGGGGAAUGUAAUAAAUAUCUACUGAAUUAAACAGUAAAGUAGUCCCCAGACUAUGACCACCUUGUUUUAGGGAGCUAUUCAUUUGAACUUUUUCUCCAGGUGAUAAAGGAGUGAAGUUGGAGUUUGCAUUAGAAAUACAGAUGCCUUUGCAUGACUCUGUAGAGUGGGAGGGAAAGAAGUUGGAGAGUGUUGAGCCUGCCCUUGUACCAGCAGGGAGUGGGGCUUGUGACACAUGAAGUCCUAACUAGACAAGUUUGUUUUUGUGCUUCUCUAUUCCCAGUCUUUGUUCCCCAGAUAGCAGUAGGAUCUCCGGAUUUCUGUAGGGAAGAACCAGUCCUAUCCUUAAGGCAGGGAACUAUAGGCACAGUUUCCUUAGGAGUCUGAUGGCCAGCAGGUUUGUGACAUCCUCACAUUAUACAGAAUACUCUGUGAUAUGUUCGAUGUUUUAGUCAUAGCUUUUUAUUUAGGGUAAGUAGUUCAGCAAAGAGUUCUUCAAAAUCAGAAAAAGCAUUGUGAAUUCUUUCUGUGGUCUCUGUCUGACCACUUAUCUACCAUAAAACUCUGUUUUAGCAUUAAGUUAUCCUAGUGUGUUUUCCCAUGGAAUCUGUCCUAAACUGGCAUUUCUGAGUAUCAAUUACAGUCAUGCCAGAUAAAGCAAAGCUGAUUCUGCAUUUUCUUAAGUAUUUUAUUUUACUACUAGGGAUUGAACCUAGGAGUUCUUAAUGAUUGAGCC